GAACAUUUUGAAACCGUGAGUAUUAUAAUAUUAUUAAAUUUUCCCUUUUUGGUUCAUGGCGAUCGUGCUUAGAGAUCAUCAAGUGGGUUGGAUUCUUAUAUAUAUUUUUCCACUCCUACUUUCUUUAUAUUCCCUUUUAAUGUCCAUCUUUUGACUUUCUCACAAAUUUUAUUCCAUUUUUGUUCUCUGUUCCGCCGCAAAUAUGCCCGGAUUCACUACCACCUCGGCGGCGACUCAGUCACCCGUAGUUUUCUUUCUUGUUUUCAUCACUCUUUUCCACUUCCCCAUUUGGGUAUCCACGGCGGCGACUCAUCAAGAACUCGUCCCCGGUUUCAGAGCCUCACCGGACACGGCGGUCCAAUCGUUCCAGCCUCUCUUAAACGACCCAACCGGAAACUUCUCGCUGGGUUUCCUCCGAGUUGACGGGACUCACCUCGCCGUCGUUAUUCUCCACGUGGCAUCGUCGGAAACAAUCUGGACCGCUAAUUAUUCAGUUUUCCCGGACUGGACCGACCGAACUGUGCUCCGGUUCGAUGGCGGUUUAGUACUUUCGGAUACAGAUGGGAGGGUAUUUUGGUCAACUGACACAGCGGGUGACCGGGCUGUUUUGUUAAACUCGUCCAAUCUGCAAAUUCAGCUUCGCCGUAAUCCGGCGGUGGUUCUGUGGCAGAGUUUCGACUUUCCGGCGGAUACCCUCGUCGAGAAUCAGAAUUUCAGUUCUGAAAUGGUGUUAAUUUCUUCAAAUAGAUUGUUUUCGGCUCGAUUGGGGGCUGAUUUUAUUGGACUUUAUGCGGAGUUUAAUGAAGGGAAGAGUCAAAUUUAUUAUAGACACAGAGCAUUGCAAGCAAAAGCUCAGGUAAUUCCCGGCGGUGGACCGGUUCAUCUCCUGCUGAACUCUGAUGGGUAUCUCGGUAUGUAUCAAAACGGCAGCGUUCCGGUGGAUUUGCAAGCCUUCAAUACUUUUCAGAAAUCGGCGAAUGGGUUCCUCCGGCUCCGGCUGGAUUCCGACGGCAACCUCAGAGGAUUUUACUGGGAAGGUUCUGAAUGGGUUUUGGUUUUCGAAGCAAUAUCGGAACAGUGUGAGCUACCGAGUCCCUGCGGUUCAUACGGUUUAUGCGAACCCGGUUCUGGUUGCUCAUGUCUAGACGACCGGACGAUUUACACCUCCGGACAAUGUCUUCCAUCGGAUUCCGGCGACUUCUGCGGAGUCGGGGUAGCAAAAAGCGAGUUUUGGGUUCUGAGAAGGAGCGGAGUAGAAUUACCGUUCAAAGAACUAAUGAGCUACCGAACCGGGUUCACCAUGGACCAAUGCGAGAGCUUUUGUGAAACCAAUUGCUCUUGCUGGGGCUCGCUCUACUACAACGCGACCGGGUUCUGCUAUCUGGUCGACUACCCGGUCCGAACGGUGGUAGCGGUGGCCGACGGGACGAAAACCGGCUACUUCAAAGUCCGGAAAGCUCAGGCUAGGUCGAAAUCGAAAGUUGGUAUCGAGAUUGGGCUGGGAAUUCUGGGCGGAAUGUUUGGAAUCGUUGUGGCGAUUCUGGGGUUUGUGAGUUACCGGCAAUGGAAGCGGCGGAGGGGGAUUGGGCGGUUUUUUGAAGAUGAUGAAGGGUCGGUAUCACCCGGCCCGUAUAAGGAUCUUGGAUCCGCGAGUUUUAAAUCAAUAGAGAUGGGUAGUGGGUUUAGUCGGUGACGUAACGAGUGACGUCUUUUGGGGUUUUAGGGAAUAGGAAAUGAUAAUCUGACCGACAGUGAUGUAGACGCCAACCAGUUUGCAUACUUGUGGUGGGUCCUGGUUUUUUUUCUUCAUAUUCUUAAUAUUAUUUUUUGUCUUUAUCCCAAUAGAAUGGUUAUCCAUCUUGGUUCUAGAAGGAGAGCUACUAUGUUGACUUCCAUAUACAAUUUAAUUCUAAAUCUGAUUUUUUUUCU